CAUUGAAGAGAGAAUAGAAGGAAUUGGUCAAAAUUGCACGGGUAAAAUCUGAAAAAAAAAUAUAUAUUUCUGUUACAAGUUGUUGAAAAUUCAAAUUUUAGAGGGAGACCCAAAUUUCUAUAUAAACCCCAUCAACUCCCAUGUCUAGUACCAUCAACACACACAUACGAUUGAGCAACAACAAGAAACAAACAUACUUUCUCUUUUAGAUAUCUUUACUUAUCAAAAUCAAUGGCAACUCCUCUAACCCUCAAAACUGGAGACAUCAAUGCUCAGGCAGUUGAGAUCAUUAAAUCACCCCUUCAGGCUCCAACUUAUGGAGACAUCAUCACUGUCCUCAGCAUUGAUGGAGGUGGAAUUAGAGGAAUCAUACCAGGAAUCAUCCUAGCCUUCUUGGAGUCUGAGCUUCAGAGACUGGAUGGUGAGGAUGCAAGACUUGCAGACUAUUUUGACGUGAUAUCUGGAACAAGUACCGGUGGCCUUGUGACAGCGAUGCUAACGGCCCCCAAUGAGAAUAAUCGCCCUUUGUUUGCUGCUAAGGAUAUCAAGGAUUUCUAUCUUGAUCACUGCCCCAAAAUCUUCCCCCAAGAUGGUGUACCGUUUGGUUCUGCUGGAAAACUGGUCAAAUCUCUGUCCGGACCGAAAUACGACGGCAAGUAUCUGCACAAGCUUGUCAAGGAAAAAUUAGGAGACAUAAAAUUGCACCAAACUUUGACAAAUGUUGUUAUUCCGACUUUUGACAUCAAGAGACUGCAACCAACCAUCUUCUCCAGCUACAUGGUGAAGAACAACUCCAACCCAUUGAAAGACGCUUGUCUCUCGGACAUAUGCAUCGCAACUUCAGCUGCUCCAACUUAUCUUCCCUCGUAUUAUUUCAAAACCCAGGACUCCAAUGGAGGGGAGAGGGAAUACAAUCUUGUUGAUGGUGGUGUCGCUGCUAACAAUCCGGCUUUGAUUGCGAUCAGCGAAGUAACAAAGGAAAUCACAAGAGGCAAUACUGACUUGAGCCACAUAAAGCCAGUAGAUUAUGGUAGGUUCCUGGUUAUAUCAUUAGGAACUGGUGGAGCCAAGAAUGAAGAGAAGUAUGAUGCAGAAGAAGCAGCUGGUUGGGGUGUCUUAAGUUGGUUGACUGCUGAUAAUUCAACUCCUUUAAUCAAUAUUUUCAGUGAAGCCAGUAGCGAUCUCGUUGACUACCACAUUUCGACCAUUUUCCAAGCCCUUCACCACCAUGAGAAUUAUCUUCGCAUUCAGGAUGAUACUUUAAAAGGAGAUGAGUCUUCUGUGGAUGUUGCAACAGAUAAGAACUUGGAGGCACUUGUACAAGUUGGUGAGAAAUUGUUGAAGAAACCAGUGUCUAGGGUUAAUCUUGAGACUGGUAUCUCUGAACCUGCAACUCAGGUUACAAACGAAGAGGCUCUUAAGAAGUUGGCAAAAUUACUCUCAAGAGAGAAGCAGCUUCGUGAGAUAAGGUCACCCAAAGUCAACGCUGCUAGAUCCAAGUGAAACCACAACAUCCAUACAUCCAACGAAUGUAGUUGGUUUUACGUAUUAUGUUUGGUUUGAUGUACUUUUGUCUUAAAUUUCCUUUCAUUUGUAUUCAUUCAAUAAAAUCAAUAAAUGCUUUCUCCUGAGGCUCUCAGUUUUUUGGGAAUUAUUGUGAGGAAUCACAAUAAGGAAGAAAAACAAAAAGAUCUACACAGAACAAUAUAUAAGGAGAUAUCAAUUAUUGGAUUA